AUGGACCGUCCACCUGAUGACCCGCAGAGAGGCUCUGAACGAAUACCCAGAGAGCCGCAGAUACGGCCUGCCCAGGACAGCACGCCUACGGAAAGCGACGAGAAUCCGAGGCGGCAGACGGCAGAGGCAGUUCCCGAGGAGCCAGAUAUGAACAGCGAUUUCCUGGCAUUCACGCCUAGAACAUUCGAGCUGCAUAUUGGAGACGGCAGCGAGGUGAUUGAUCUGCUACGCCUGCUGGUAGGCUUGCCUCCGCAAGCAUCUCAGAAGCCAUCGGCGCGGGCGCUGGGGCUUUUGAAACCAGUGGACCUUGCCAGUAUUCCUGAAGAGGAGAUGCACUGUAAUGUAUGCUACGACCCGUUUGAACCUGUAAACACUAAAGCUGUUGGUGGGUACACUGCUGCUAUUGAGCUUGAUCAAGCGACUCCCGAGGCAGAGCGCAGCUCUUUGACAUUCGACAAGUGGUACGAGUCAGACGAUAAAGAUAAUGACCACUAUGCACUUCAAAUGCCCUGUGGCCACAUAUUUGGUCGCGGGUGCCUGUUGACUUGGUUGGAUACCUCGCCGACCUGUCCGUUGUGCCGGAGCAAGCUAGAGACGGAGUUCGAGUUCCAGCAUGGCUCUUCGGGGGGCCCAGAGUUUCUGCGCACAGAAAACGGUUUCAAUUCAGACCGCCCACCCCACUUUUGGGUGCGGGCAACCGAUCUUUCCGAGCAAAACUCCCCGGCACCCGAAGGCGAAGGCGAGCGCAGCGAUUCGCCCCGCCCGAUGGUCGUGCACUUUAUAUCGAAUAUCCCCACGGCAGCAUCUGAACAGCAGUCACCUCAGUCGAUACGUCGCUUCCAGAGAAUGGUCAUGCAAAGAGCGGUAAGAGAGGCAUUCGGAAACGCCGUGCCUGGGACAGCUAUGCGACCACCAGAGGAGACCACGCAGGCGCCGGAGCCUGUGUUUGGGCCCAGUCCUCCGCCCACGAACCCUGUAUCCGGACCCGAGCCAGCACAACGACCUGCUCCGUCCGAACAAAGGCCCCAGCCCAACCGCGCGGGCGCCGAUCCAGAAAGGCCUACCUGGCGACUAUCACCGUGGCUGGACCGCGGGCUAGUUGGAUUCUACGCAUUCUAUCAGCAUAUACUGCCACAUGUUACGGGCGUAAUACCCACCUCAGGCGACGACGAGCCCACGCCGACCAGCGCGUCGUCCGCCGGCGAGGACUCAGAACCUGCCACACCACAGUCCGAGAGUUCUCAGCGACGUGGUCCGCAAAGACACAACUUACGUCGUAAUCAUCCUUAUAGAUAA